GGGGCGCUGAGUUCCGGCGUCUGCACGGAGUCCAGCUUGGAUUCGCGCUCCGCAGUAACCACCGCGCCCGGCCCCAGCUCCCCCAGCGUAGUUCCCGACGGCAGACCCGCUGCGCGCUGGGUGCGGAGUUUUGCAUGUGCCUGUUCCUUUUCUUCUUUUCAUCACUUGGCUUUGUACCCGUCGGAAAGGGGCUGACUGUAUCACAAAGCAUCAACCUUUCUUGAUGGACCCAUUCGUCAAAUGAAAUAUGCUUGUUCUAUUUGUAAAAGAUUAUUAUUUCAUCAUAGAAAAACUUCACGCCCAAAAUGAAAAUGAGGACAUUUAAAGGGGUGAUUUAAGUAGUGGAUAUUUAAGGUAUUCCAUCAAAUCAUUGAACCAAAGGAUAAAUAUUGAAUAGAUUAAUCCCAAACACUGUUUUUCACCCAGGAAGAUUUUAUCUUGAGAGAAAAAGAACUUUGUUUUCUGAAAUGAAGAGUGAGAGACAAGAACAGACUUAAAAGAAAAUAGAUGAAGAUACUAGUAAAAAGCAAUGUCAAUCGUUAUUCUCAUGAAGAUAACUCAAUGAUGUGAAAUCCUUUGCAGAUCCAUGAUUUUAGUCCUAAGACAAGACUCUUUUUUGAUAGUAUUCAUUAAGAGAAGUAGGACCUUUUGUUCGUUCAGACCACAGUGACAGAAUUUGUAAUCAUUGGCAUGAAUGGCUUAAUGCAGGAAAUAAGCUUUCAUCUAAAUCCAAAAGUGCAGUCAUUUUUGUGCUGCUCUUAUUUUGAAAACCUCUUUAGAACCAUUUAAAAAGAAUUGACAGCUAUUUUUAAAGGUUAAAGAAAGGCAGAUGUCUGCAAAUAAUUCCCCUCCAUCAGCCCAGAAGUCUGUAUUACCUGGAACAAGUCCUGCUGUGCUUCCAACUUCUUCUCCGUGUUCAAGUCCUAAGACCGGAUUCUCUGCCCGACUCUCUAAUGGCAGCUGCAGCGCACCGUCUCUCACCAACUCCAGAGGCUCUGUGCAUACAGUUUCAUUUCUGCUGCAGAUUGGCCUCACACGGGAGAGUGUUACCAUUGAAGCCCAGGAACUGUCUUUAUCUGCUGUCAAGGAUCUUGUGUGCUCCAUUGUUUAUCAAAAGUUUCCAGAGUGUGGAUUCUUUGGCAUGUAUGAAAAAAUUCUUCUCUUCCGCCAUGACAUGAACUCUGAAAAUAUUUUGCAGCUGAUUACCUCAGCAGAUGAAAUACAUGAAGGAGAUCUAGUAGAAGUUGUUCUGUCAGCUUUGGCCACAGUAGAAGACUUCCAGAUUCGUCCACAUACUCUAUAUGUACAUUCUUACAAAGCUCCUACUUUUUGUGAUUAUUGUGGUGAGAUGCUCUGGGGAUUGGUACGUCAGGGGCUAAAAUGUGAAGGCUGUGGAUUAAAUUAUCAUAAAAGAUGUGCCUUCAAGAUUCCAAAUAACUGUAGUGGAGUAAGAAAGAGACGUCUGUCAAAUGUGUCUCUCCCAGGACCUGGCCUCACAGUUCCAAGACCUCUCCAGCCUGAAUGUGUACCUCUGCUCAGUGAAGAGUCACAUAUCUACCAAGAACCAAGCAAGAGAAUUCCAUCUUGGAGUGGUCGCCCAAUCUGGAUGGAAAAGAUGGUAAUGUGCAGAGUUAAAGUUCCACACACAUUUGCUGUUCACUCUUAUGGCCGUCCCACAAUAUGUCAGUACUGCAAGCGGCUACUGAAAGGUCUUUUUCGCCAAGGAAUGCAGUGCAAAGAUUGCAAAUUCAAUUGCCAUAAACGCUGUGCAUCAAAAGUACCAAGAGACUGCCUUGGGGAGGUUACUUUCAAUGGAGAACCUUCCAGUAUGGGAACAGAUACAGAUAUACCAAUGGACAUUGAUAAUAAUGACAUAAACACUGAGGGUAAUCGUAGUUUAGAUGACACAGAAGAGCCAUCUCCUCCAGAAGAUAAAAUGUUCUUCCUGGAUCCAUCUGAUCUCGAUGUGGAACGAGAUGAUGAAGCUGUUAAAACCAUCAGUCCAUCAACAAGCAAUAACAUUCCACUAAUGAGGGUUGUACAGUCUGUCAAGCAUACAAAGAGGAAGAGCAGCACAAUGGUGAAGGAAGGAUGGAUGGUCCAUUACACCAGCAGAGAUAAUCUGAGAAAGAGGCAUUAUUGGAGACUUGACAGCAAAUGUCUAACAUUAUUUCAGAAUGAAUCUGGAUCAAAGUAUUAUAAGGAAAUUCCACUUUCAGAAAUUCUACAAGUAUCUUCGCCACGAGAUUUCACAAACAUUUCACAAGGCAGCAACCCACACUGUUUUGAAAUCAUCACUGACACUAUGGUAUACUUUGUUGGUGAGAACAAUGGGGACGGCUCUCACAAUCCUGUUCUUGCUGCCACUGGAAUUGGACUUGAUGUAGCACAGAGCUGGGAAAAAGCAAUUCGCCAAGCCCUCAUGCCUGUGACCCCUCAAGCAAGUGUUUGCACUUCGCCAGGGCAAGGGAAAGAUCACAAAGAUUUGUCUACCAGUAUCUCUGUAUCUAAUUGUCAGAUCCAGGAGAAUGUGGACAUCAGUACCGUUUACCAGAUCUUUGCAGAUGAGGUCCUUGGUUCAGGCCAGUUUGGCAUUGUGUACGGAGGAAAACAUAGAAAGACAGGAAGAGAUGUGGCUAUUAAAGUAAUUGAUAAGAUGAGGUUCCCCACAAAGCAAGAAAGUCAACUCCGUAAUGAAGUGGCUAUUUUACAGAAUUUGCACCAUCCUGGGAUUGUAAAUCUGGAAUGUAUGUUUGAAACUCCAGAGCGAGUCUUUGUAGUAAUGGAAAAACUACAUGGAGAUAUGUUGGAAAUGAUUCUGUCUAGUGAGAAAAGUCGGCUUCCAGAACGAAUUACUAAGUUUAUGGUCACACAGAUACUUGUUGCUUUGAGGAAUCUGCAUUUUAAGAAUAUUGUGCACUGUGACUUAAAGCCAGAAAAUGUUCUGCUUGCAUCAGCAGAACCAUUUCCUCAGGUGAAGCUGUGUGACUUUGGAUUUGCACGCAUUAUUGGUGAGAAGUCAUUCCGGAGAUCAGUAGUAGGAACUCCAGCAUACUUAGCCCCUGAGGUUCUCAGGAGUAAAGGUUACAACCGUUCUCUAGAUAUGUGGUCAGUGGGAGUCAUCAUCUAUGUGAGCCUCAGUGGUACAUUUCCAUUCAAUGAGGAUGAAGAUAUAAACGACCAAAUCCAAAAUGCUGCAUUUAUGUACCCACCAAAUCCAUGGAGAGAAAUUUCUAGCGAAGCGAUCGACUUGAUAAACAACCUGCUUCAAGUUAAGAUGAGGAAACGUUACAGUGUUGACAAAUCUCUUAGCCAUCCCUGGCUACAGGACUAUCAGACGUGGCUUGACCUUAGAGAAUUUGAAACUCGCAUCGGAGAACGUUACAUUACACAUGAAAGUGAUGAUGCUCGCUGGGAAAUCCAUGCAUACACACAUAACCUGUUUUUCCUAGAUGCAUACAAGAGGAGCACUGGACUGUUUUACCUUUGGUUUGAUGUCAGUCCAGACUUUAACACAGCGAUUUCUAAUCUUUUUUGGAACUGCAGCUCUUAAUAUGUUCUCUACAGCAUAAGAAAUUAUCGCCUUUUGUGAGUACAUUGUAAUAGCUACUGAGGUUGAGGACGCUUGGUAUUACAAAACAGAGUACUGUAGGAACUGUUCCAAGUGCUGAAUGGUUACGCGUGCCUUCUCAUAGCUCAGCUGUGGUAAACAUUCAUGUUCCCACUUGAACACCAUGCAGAUGCCACACAGAUGGGAGCAUAUCUAAACUUCAGUUACAUAAUUUAUUUUUACCUAGGAUUGAAUAAUUUGGGGCAAAAAAUAUAUAUUAAAAGGAAGGCCAAUGAAGGGUCAGUUCAUUCUGCUGUCACUCUGUAGUAAAGUGUUAUCUUUUUUUUUCCCUUAGCCUAUUGGAGGGCUUUACAAUAUCUGGAAUGUUUUUAAAUUAUUUAAUUUUAAGCAGUCUGGGGGAGUGGAUUAGAGGUAGACAUGAAACAGCUUAUAAGAGUUGAACUAUAUCAUCAAUAUACCAAACUAAACAAUGAUUAAGAACUUUUUACAUAUCAGCUCCAGCAUUGGACUAUUUUAAAAAUAUUUACUAAUACAGGUUGAAUAUCCCUUGUAUGAAAUGCUUGGGACCAGAAGUGUUUCAGGUUUCAGUGUUUUUUAGAUUUUGGAAUAUUUACAUAUAUCUGUAACUGAAAUGCUCUAAAAUCCAAAACUUUUUUGAAAGUGGUGGUGCUUUCAGAUUUUCACAUUAAAGAUGCUUAAUCUUUUAAGAUCUAGGACCAUCCACUUACAAGCAAUAUAGUGGCCUUUUUUUGUUUAUUAAUCAGUAUGAACCUGUUUGUUUUUGUUUUUUCCUACUCCACUCUAAGUAAAAGAAAUAAUUUAGAGUCAGAUUAGCUCUGUUGACCUGAGCAGAUGUGAGUCUUUAGUUUCUCAGUCUAUGAAAUGAAGAUAAUUCUUGCCUCCACUUUCCUCAAAGUGUGGUCAUAGAGAUGAGAUAUGUAUGAAUAUAUUUAGUAAGAGUAUUUAAUAAUAGUAAAAAUAUAGAAGUGUUCAUUUGUCCACUGAAUUUGGGAGAGCAAAGGAAAAGUAUGUUCUUAUAUGUGAACAGACUAAGAAGGCCUUCAGAGAUCUUUGAAGCUGUUCAUCUAGGACUAAAAAUAUCCUUAAGAGAAUAAUAUAUUACCCUAUGCCUCUGUGUUCUUUAUUAUGUUUUAAUUUAUCCUCACAGUAAGUCACAUUGGAAGUACAUUAUGAAUCUUAGAGAUAAGGAAAUUGAGGCACAGGAGAUUAGUUCCCAAAGUUCACAGUUAGUAUGAACCCUCAUGGCCAUUACGCUACAUUAUAGACCUAUAUCUCUAGGAGACAUUGCACUAUUUCAAUUUGUCUUCACAUAGCAGUUACAAAGAUUUAACCAAAUUAGUUUUGAGAAUCCUUUUUAUAAAUGAGUUUUCCCUGUGAUAGACAAUGACUUCUCCAAAUUCCUCCAAAGUUUUUAUCAACAUGCCUAAAAAUGGAGUAAUUUUGAGUCACUAGGCAACCUACUCUAGUUUUACUGCAUAUGGUGAAAAUUAACUGGAAUUAUGUUCAUUUGCUAAACUUAUAUAAUCAAACUUUACAAGCCAUGAAAUUAAUUGCACUCUUUUUGUUGAAUGCCUAAGACAUUUUUUUAAUUUUGUAAAGGCACUGUCAGAUAAUUUGGAGUUGAGUAAUUACUCCAGAUAACAAAAUGUCUUGAAGUCAAAUUGUGUUUGUAUAAGAAAUAAUUGUUUGCUAGAAACAUUUGAUAAUGUACAAAGUCAUCUAUAAUGACACUGUUCAGUACGUUUUUAUAUUUUUUGUUACAUGCCACUUUUUGUAAAUAUUCUCAAAAAGCUUGAUAAUAAAAUGUAUUUCUGUAUCACCAAACUUUUCAUGUGAAAAUCUUGGCCUAACUCUAAGAGAGGGAUCCAAAGAAAAUCUUACUUGAUUGUGUUAUUUUCCUAGGCCUUGAUAACAAAACUAUUCUGAAAAUAAUAUAUAUGGAUGGAACAAAUGGUACAUUUAAGAACAGUGACUUUAUUUACCUGCCCAAAAAUGACCUUAUAAUUGCACACUAACUUUGAAGUAAUUAUUUGAGGAACUUAUUUCUUAAAAGGAAAGU